AUCAGAUAAGUUGUUCGUAGAUUUAGGGAAAGUAAAAGUUAGCCUAGAUCAUAUUAUUUCUUACUAGAAAUGUCGGUACAAGAAUUGUCAAUACUACGUUUAUCAAUUGUGGCUUGUAUAUUCCUUACCUUAGAAUCAACAAGUGCACCGUACGGAAUAUUAGCUAUCCAGGGGGACGUUGACAACAUUGUGACAUUGGCAAGGGCUUUAGGCGCAACAACGUUUGUUUCAUACCUGACUACCACUGGCUUAAACACAACGCUUGCUGGACAGGGGCCAUUCACUGUGUUCGUGCCAACAAACGAUGCUUUUGAAAAUCUUUCUGAUGACAUGAAAGAUAACUUUAAUGAUACUGAAUUCGCAAGGACUACACUUAAAUAUCACAUUACUUCCGGUCGCCAUUACAAGUCGGAGUUUCAAGACGAAGAAAUUCUGAUCAGCCAGGAUAAAGAUUUGCCUAUCAGAAUUAAUCUCUAUAAGGGAGGCACGGUUCUGACGGCUUCCGGAUGUGCUGUGUCCCUUACCGACAUCAAUGCCACAAAUGGAGUGCUGCACUUGGUGGAUCGCGUCAUGGUGAUGACCCCAGAGUUUGGAAGUGUUUCCGGACUUUUGAGCUUUCCAAUAUUCCGUUUCAUGUAUUAUGGGAUGAUAGAUGGAAACAUGACGGGGCUUCUUUCAGGACAUGCUCCUAUCACAGUGUUUGCUCCUAACGAUGCAGCCUUCCAAAAGCUUCCUCCAGACCAGUUCAAGAAAUUAUACAAGAAUGGCACUGCAAUUCGACGAAUGAUGAGAAACCACAUUGUUCGUGGGACCUUCUUCACUGCCGGUAUGUACAACGGCGAACCACUCAAUACUAUGGAAGGACAGACGUUGAACGUGGCAAUGACAAACGGAAAUGUCACAGUCAAUGACGCUCCAUUGGUCAUACCCGACUGGACAUGCUCUAAUGGCGUCGCACACGUAACCGCCACCGUUUUUAUGCCCCCAGGACUUCUAGAGUCGUUGACUGACGACGAUGUUCGCUAAAAAAGAAACUAACGGCAUAAAACAGCAAGUGAGAUGAACAUUUAAACAGGUUUUUUUUUAUUACAAUAAAUGUUAAUCGAUAUUCGGUCUUUUUGAAAU